GGGCCCCGCCCCCGGCACGCUCUGCUGGCGUAGGAAGGUCCUGCCCCCUCACGCCGACAGCGACAAUGUGGCGGUGGCGGCAGAAGUGAAUACAGCGGUACCCACGGCCAGUGAGGCGCUGGCCAUGUUGGAUUUCUGACCACCUCAGCUGUCCAUAAGAAGUAAGCUGGCAAGUGAUGAAACUGAGGAGCUGAUUGGCACCAUGAAAGUCUUCUGUGGGCGGGCCAAUCCGACCACGGGGUCUGUGGAGUGGCAGGCAGAAGAUGAGAACUAUGAUUACCACCAAGAGAUUGCCAGAUCUUCUUAUGCUGAUAUGCUGCAUGACAAAGACAGAAAUAUAAAAUACUACCAGGGGAUCCGGGCUGCUGUGAGCCGGGUGAAGGACAGAGGGCAGAAGGCCUUGGUUCUCGACAUUGGCACCGGCACCGGACUCUUGUCAAUGAUGGCAGUCACAGCAGGUGCUGACUUCUGCUAUGCCAUCGAGGUUUUCAAGCCUAUGGCUGAUGCUGCUGUGAAGAUUGUGGAGAAAAAUGGCUUCAGUGAUAAGAUCAAGGUUAUCAACAAGCAUUCUACGGAGGUGACUGUGGGGCCAGACGGUGACAUGCCGUGCCGUGCCAACAUCCUGGUCACGGAGCUGUUCGACACGGAGCUGAUUGGGGAGGGAGCGCUGCCCUCCUAUGAGCAUGCACACCGGCAUCUCAUGCAGGGAAGUUGCGAGGCGGUGCCUCACAGGGCAACUGUCUACGCACAGCUGGUGGAGUCCAGCAGGAUGUGGUCCUGGAACAAGCUCUUUCCCGUCCGCGUUCAGACCAGCCUUGGAGAGCGGGUCAUCGUCCCCCCGUCGGAGUUGGACAAGUGCCCCGGUGCGCCCUCUGUCUAUGACAUUCAGCUGAACCAGGUGCCGCCCUCUGACUUCACUGUCCUUAGCGACGUGCUGCCUAUGUUCAGUGUGGAUUUCAGCAAGCAAGUCAGUAGCUCGGCAGCCUGCCAUAGCAGGCAGUUUGAACCCCUGGCAUCUGGCCAAGCUCAGGUGGUUCUUUCCUGGUGGGACAUUGAAAUGGACCCUGAGGGGAAGAUCAAGUGCACCAUGGCCCCGUUCUGGGCACACUCACACCCACAGGAGCUCCAGUGGCGGGACCACUGGAUGCAGUGUGUGUACUUCCUGCCGCAAGAGGAGCCCGUGGUCCAGGGCUCGGCCCUCUGCCUGGUAGCCCACCAUGACGACUACUGUGUGUGGUACAGCCUCGAGAGGACCAGUCCUGAAAAGAAUGGCAGAGUCUACCCAGCGCGCCCCGUGUGUGACUGCCAGGCGCACCUGCUCUGGAACCGGCCUCGGUUUGGAGAAAUCAACGAUCAGGACAGAACGGAUCAAUAUGUGCAGGCCCUAAAGACGGUGCUGAAGCCAGACAGUGUCUGCCUGUGUGUCAGCGACGGCAGUCUGCUCUCCGUGCUGGCCCAUUACCUUGGGGCAGAGCAGGUAUUUACUGUAGAGAACUCAGCAGCUUCUCAUAGACUGAUGAACAAAAUCUUUAAGGCUAACCACUUGGAAGAUAAAAUUAAUGUAAUAGAGAAACGGCCUGAAUUAUUAACAUCUGCAGACUUGGAGGGUAAAAAGGUCUCGGUCCUCCUGGGUGAGCCGUUUUUCACCACCAGCCUGUUGCCGUGGCACAACCUGUACUUCUGGUAUGUGCGGACUGCCGUGGACCAGCACCUGGGGCCUGGAGCCGCGGUGAUGCCCCAGGCUGCCUCGCUGCAUGCCGUGGUCGUGGAGUUCCGGGACCUGUGGCGGAUCCGGAGCCCCUGUGGCGACUGCGAGGGCUUCGACGUGCGCAUCAUGGAUGACAUGAUUCAGCAUGCCCUGGACUUCAGGGAGAGCAAGGAGGCCGAGCCCCACCCGCUGUGGGAGUACCCGUGCCGUAGCCUCUCCGAGCCCCAGCACAUCCUGACCUUUGACUUUCGGCAGCCAGUCCCUUCACAGCCUCUCCACGCGGAGGGCUCCAUCCAGCUGAGGAGGCCUGGGAGGAGCCACGGGGCCGUCCUGUGGAUGGAGUACCACCUGACCCCAGACAGCACAAUCAGCACCGGCCUCCUGAAGCCUGCGGCAGACAAGGGAGACUGUUGCUGGAACCCACACUGCAAACAGGCCGUGUACUUCUUCAGCACUGCACUGGACCCCAGAGCACCCCCGGGUGGCCCUCAGACAGUCAGCUACGCCGUGGAGUUCCACCCCCGCACUGGAGAUGUCACUGUGGAUUUCACACUCUCAGAUACCCUGGAUGAUGGGUGCUGACCCUCACUUGUUAAGAAAUAAAGUGGCCUGAGAGGCUCUGGGCUGUGAA